CAAAAGUGCGCGCGUUUGUGUGCCAGUGCAGCCCGCGCAGCGCGACCUUAUCAGCGCCACUCUCCCAGCUCGCGGAACACACGGGAGUUAGCGAGCGCUGUCACUGUCCGAUGACAGUGGGAUGCACUGACUAAACGGGGGGGAAAAAGUCUGGUUUUUGCAGCCACUCUGGAUCGCACUGAAUCCAGCGUCACCUGGUUGUUGUGGAUUACAUUGCUUUGCCCAGAAGAUGAUGGAGGCUCCCAUUUCCGCCAAACUGCUGUGGGAAGGGGACGCCAAGGCGAUGCAGCAGUGCCUGACGGAUAUGUUCACCAGCGUCUUCACCACUUGUGACAUUCCCGAAAAUGCUAUUUUCGGACCCUGCGUUUUGAGCCAUACGUCCUUGUACGACAGCAUUGCUUUCAUCGCUUUAAAAUCCAAGGACAAGCGAACGGCGCCUUACAUCUUCAGAGUGGACACCUCGGCAACGUGUGGGUCCUCGGAGGGCCGGCUGUGGCUCCGGCUGGUCCAGCCUGCCAGGGACAGCGAGGAGCAGAACCUGGAGGCUUACGUGAAGAACGGACAGCUCUUCUACAGAUCGCUGAGGAGGAUCGAGAAGGAUGAGGAGCUGCUGGUCUGGUAUGGGAGAGACCUAAGCGCGUUACUGCUGCUGCGCUCCAGCAGAGGGCUGGGAAAAAACAAGGGGGAACCCCCUUAUUUGUGUCCGGACUGCAACCAGCAUUUCCAGUUUGAGUUCCCUUUUCUGGCCCAUUUGAGGUUCUGCUGUGCCAGGAGACUGCAGAGCAUUAACGGUGCUGAUGAGGAUGGUGAGGGUGACCGUGUCAAUCAGGCUCCUGUAAGCUCCAGCCCUAAGAUGGUCAAAUCAGAGGGGCACUCCCCCUCACAGGACAGCAAACCUGCCACUGACUUUCACAAUUUAGCCAGGGACCUAGAGAACAGCAGGACAUGUCCAGCCAGCGACAGGGACGCGGAGAUCCGAAGCAGGAACAAGAGGAAGUUCUGUGAGGAGGAGAACAGGAGCAGGAGCUUGUCCCCCACGGCCCAGGAGGACUCAGUGAGCGCAGCCCCCCAGUACAGACAGGCCUUCGGUUUGGGGGAGGGCAGGCGGUCCUUUUCGCCCCCUGGCUCCGAGCCCAUAGAGAGCAAGAAGAGCGCAUUCACAGAGGUGAAGAAGACGUUGGCCGGCCUGAAACAGAGCGGCGAGCUGAGUCCUGGUGUGGAGAACCGGGGGAGCAUGCGGCUUUGUGGCGCGGCAGAGCAGGUGCUGAGUGAGACGCAGCCGCAGCGGCACAUGGAGGGCCCCUCCGCAGGCAGUGCCUUCAGCUCUGUCCCCCGACAUGCCGGCUCCGCCGACAGGAAGAGCGCCUUCAGCCAGCCAGGCCGCUCCGCUGUUCAGCCGCCGCCCCUCACCAUCACCCCCAAGCUCCUGCGCCCGACGGACUGCCCCCCUGCCCUGGGGGACCCUGGCAGGCUCUACCCGGCUGGCCACCUGGCCGCCAAGCCGCCGAGCGUGGAGCUACUGCAGGCCGCCAAGCACAGUCCCUUCCUCUACACCACGGCCUUCUGGCCCAAAGCGGCAGCCGCCGUCCACAUGCAGGUGCCACCCGCCCUGACGCUCCUGCCCCCCUCCCUCACUUCACUGGGCCUGCCAGCACAGAACUGGUGCGCCAAGUGCAAUGCCUCCUUCCGCAUGACCUCUGACCUGGUGUACCACAUGCGGUCCCACCACAAAAAGGAGCUGGCCCUGGAGCCUCUGGUGAAGAGGCGGAGAGAGGAGAAACUCAGGUGUCCCAUCUGCAACGAGUCCUUCAGGGAGCGGCAUCACCUCUCUCGUCACAUGACCUCCCACAACUGACUGCAGGGCAGGUGGGAGCGCGGAGGGGGUGGGCUUUGGAUGGAUUCUUCUUGUGUGUCUUGCAUCCAGAUUGUUUCAAAACUGGAUAUACAACAGGAUUGCACAUGCUUUCACAAACAAGACUUUUUGUUCCAAGAAGUAUCAUGUUUUAAGGUAUGCAAAACAAAUCUAUUUCUAAGAUGAAGCACUUAUAAUUUGUUGAAAUAAAUAAGGGACAAUGGUGUAUGUAAA